CGUUCCUGGCUCGCGUGGCGUCCAAUCAGGAGCAGAACCGAAUGUCUUUGUGGAACGUUUCCAUGGUAAUGGCUCCAAACCUGCUGCCCAGCAACCGCAGACAGGAAGUGACGCGAGCGGAAAUGGAGGAGGCGGUGGGCGGGGCUAAACUGGUCCUCCUCCUGAUCCGACACCGCGCCCUCAUGUGGACGGUGCCCUGCUUCCUAUUGGCUCAGGUGCGGCAGAUGAACCAGGCGUCCAAUCAGAGGAGCCGGAGGCGGCGCCGCGGACGGGCACCUCGGGAGGGCGGCGCCCCGUCCCUCUGUGAUGAUGUCAUCAGAGUGCGCGCCCCGCUGCAGCUCAAGGUCUCCACGGCGAUGAAGCUCGACGCCACGACGAUGGCGCGAAACGUCACCGAGAGAUUCCCCCGCGACGCCCACAGUGGCGCAUCUCUGAGGUUGUACGAGGUCGGAGGAAACAUCGGAGAGCGUCGCCUUCAUCCCGACUGUUUCCUAUUGGGCGUGUACAGACUGAACCCGGGCUGUGAUUGGCUGGUGAAGCCCUGA